AUGCAUUUCCAACUGUUCAUCUCUAUUAUCGCUCUGCUUUGUGCGAGCGCACAAGCAUAUGAUUACCUCGUAGUCACUGCACUGGUUACCAAUGCUGCAAAUGAGUCAGCGCUCGAGUGUUGGCGAUUCUCGACACCACUGAUCGACGCAUCCGAACCUGGUGUUGCCGGUAGUCUGAGGUUCAACUUCAACGCCAGCAGUGCUUCGUACACCAUCAUCCCACCCAGAUUCAAUGCCACCAGACACAACAGUCCUACUCCCCAGCUCGUUGUGUACACGUCCGGAUUGGCACACAUCUCACUACCUUCAUCUGACGACCAAGCGUGGUUCAUUGGAGGAAACCAGGGUCUGCUUGUCGCGGCUGACACGACUGGAGAGGGCCAUUUCACCGGAUACCCGUCCGAGCAGUACACUUCCGUCAUGAGCAUUCCAUUCCCUGAUGGUGUGGUACCCGAUCACGAGAAGGUAUCUUCAGGAGCUUGCCAUUUCAGCAGUAUCGGAGGAAGAUCCCUGCAGGACAGAACAUGGCACUGA